AUGUUUGAAUUUCUGAAACUUCCUCCUGAAAUCCGAAUGAUGAUUAUAAAUCGAAUGCAUCCAGUAGAUCUCUUCAAUUUGAAAAAAUGCUCGAAAUUGUGCUCCGAAGAAGUGAAAAAUUCAAAAAAUUAUUGUUUUGGAUUACUAUGGGACAAUUCGAAUGAUUAUUUUAUUGAGUUGAAAAUGUAUUUUUUCGAUUAUUCUUAUGAAAAUUCCAUUAAAUUUUGGAAAAAUCGCAAUUUUAUUCAAAAGUUUUUUGCGAGACGGAAUAUACGAAAAGCGCAAGAUUUAUUCAGAAAAAAAUUGAUAAGAUAUAAGCGAACCGUCAAAAACAUCUGGAUUCGUGGAGAUUUUUUUGGAAUUGACGAAGAAAAUAUGAAAUUUCUCAAAUUGGAAUCAUUAAAAAUUGAAGACUUGCAACCCGAAACUUUAUUUGAUGUUCAGAAGUUUUUAUCACAAACAAUAAAAAAUCGAUUGGAAGCUUUGGAACUUUCAAGAUGCAAGUAUUUAGCUAGAUUGAAUAUUCAAGAAAUUUAUAAUAUUCGAGAUUAUCUUAAAAUCGAUUUCGAAUUGAAUCCUCAACAAUUUCAAGCAUUGAUUGCAAAAAAUAUUACAAUACCAAUCGGAAAAUUGAAAUACGAAGACAUUAUUGAAUUCAUAGAAUCAUGGAGAAACGGAAAACGUGAAAUUCAAAAAUGCGUACUUUAUUUCAAAGAACCUCAAGAAUUUUCUGACGUUGAACAACUUUUCUAUAAUAUUUUUCGAACAAAAAACAUCAGGUAAGUUCAUUAGAAAACUGUUUUGAAUAUUAUAAUUUUGCAGAUUCGGAAACAUUCAACACAAAUCAAGGACAAACAAAGCGUUGAGCAUUGAAGCGAUCGGAAUUUCCGAUUGUUAUGGAAUUUUGAUGGAAUGCGACGCAGUGUUUUGA